ACGCCCUGGCUGGACCUGAGCUCCCCUGGUCUCCAGGGUGAGACGUACGCGGCUCUCUGGACGCGACAGUGAGCACUGCCUCUGUCCGGGGAAAGCCAGUGAGGCCAGAGGAACAACAGUUGGGAAGGAAACCGCUGCUGCCUUCCGGUCCCAGGAUGGAAAGCGCCUACCUGAAGAAGUGUUUUGGGAGUUCCCUGUCCCAGGCAUUGGCAGAGGUGGCAAAGGCGCGGCCCAGCGACCCCAUAGAGUACCUGGCCCACUGGCUUUAUCAUUACAGGAUGGUAAUGAGGGUCAGAGAAAAGGAGAGGCAAGAGAAGAUCCAGCUGAAGGAGGAAUAUGACCGAAGCCUCAGGGAAGCAGAAAUGGCAGAGAUGCUGAAACAAGAGGAAUAUCAGAUUCAACUGGAGUGUGGAAAGUGUCACAAGGAUCAGCUCUCCACGGCUGUAUCCCCGGAAAAGACCGCAGCCAUGCAAGGAGAGCCCAAAUCCCUUGAGAAGAAGGCCUCGAGGGAAUCCCUUCCAGGUGUCUCGGCUGUGAUCCCAGAAACACUUCCUCAGAACCUGCUCUCCCAGGCAGGCGGCCAGACUGACUUCAUCGCGGAAACUCCACCAGAAAGCAACAACCAGGAGGUGUCUCUUCAGAAAGACGUGGAGGAAACAUCCUCUAGCUCCAGCUCACCUUAGAUGACCCGGACUGGAUAGUUCAGACGACCCCUCCCUCAGUAUUGCCUGAUGUCAAUCAAGAUUUGGGGGCAGUGAGGGAGGUGUCUGUAGGGAAUUGUCAACCUCAGGACUAGCUGUAAAACCCCCAUAUCAUGUGGAAAUUUGAACUAGCUAUAGAAUAA